CGAAGCAGCUGCGUAGCGCGUCAUCAGAGGGCUACCUGUCUGACGGGUCUGACGUGGAGUCAGAGUGGGGAAGGAUUUCUCUUAUGGAUGAUAAUGCAUCCUCUGUCCUCGUUUGUUUGCGUUUCUUUAUAGGUGGAGGACUCGAGGAGACCUUUGGAUGAGUCGAGAGGAAGUCCUGUCUUAGUUUUGCACUCCAAACAAUCAGCUGAUCUCUGAUACUGGUUUAUUCUACAACUUCAGUCAAAUGUCGCUCCCUUAAAACACACUUGGCUCAGGUGUAAGGGUGAUAAUACGGAAGUAUCACAUGUAUUGUUCUUUAUUUAUUUAUUUAUUUAUGAGGGGCAGAGGAAGGACACUGCAGCCGUGUGCCAAAUGCUAACACAGAGUUAGCUCAAAGCGUUGCAGAAUAUUUACCAGCUCAGAAAAGUUAGGAGAGAAUCAUUUAUGCAUUGUGUAAAAGUAAAGCUUGACCCAAUGCAUUGAACCUAGCUGCUCACCACUGUAGCACUCUUUGUAAUAUUAUACUGCUGUAAUAAUCAUAUCUUUGCCAUCAUGAGCUUUAAAGUUACUGUGGGUUUCACAGUACUGUAUACUCUACUGGAUAUGGUCGUCACCACUGUCCUGUACACACAUGGAUCACAAUUCAACUCAUUCAAAGAGGAUGCACUGAACUUUAACAUCCUGCAGUCAGCUCUGGACCUCUGGGGCACAGUCCUGGUGAGAGCCUCCCUCCUCCUGGGAGCCUCUGUUGGGGUGUCACUGAACAGAGGAGACGGCCCUCCCAGAGUAGCCAAACUCACCUCCCUCAUUCUCUUCAUCUGCCUCAUCGUCAUCACUUACACUUUGGCAAAGAUGCUGAUGUUGAUCGAGCUGGGGCCGUUGAUGCGCCAGCCCUGGUUCCUGAGUCUGGUGUGUUGGACUUGCUCCUCCUGCCUGGGUGUCAUGCUGCUCUGGAGGCUGCUAGGGAAAGCGUCCCACUUAUCAUCAGGCCACCUCAGGAGAGGUCGCAGGAGAGAGGAAGAAACUUCGGAUGAUACAGAAAAGCUUGUGGAAACAGCCGGUGAGGAGGAGCAAGAGGUGGAUUAUGAGACAAGAAAGAGGAGGGAGGAAGGGAAAGAGGAGAAGGAAAAGACAAGCACUGAGGCAACAUUGAGACGUCUCCUGGCAUACUGCAAGAAGGAUGGUGGGCUUCUCUCUGUAGCGGUCCUGUUCCUGCUCAUCUCUGCUGUUUGUGAAGCCUUCAUACCGUACUACUAUGGGAAAGCAAUAGACAGCAUUGUUGUUCACCAGAGCAUGGAGCACUUCGCUAAGCCAGCCAUCACACUGACAGUACUGGCCAUCGCAAGCUCACUUGCAGUGGGAGUACGCGGAGGAGUCUUCACCCUGACCUUUGCAAGAUUAAACCUUCGUCUAAGGAACCAUCUGUUCAGAACUUUGAUGAAGCAGGAAAUCGCUUUUUUUGAUGAAAACCACACAGGUGACAUCAUUUCACGUCUGUCAGCUGACACCAUCCAGGUGAGUGAUCUGAUCUCCCAAAAUGUCAAUGUGUUUUUACGGAGCAGCAUCAAGGGCGCUGGCUUCUUAAUGUUCAUGUGUUGGAUGUCCUGGAGGCUCACUCUGGUGGCUGUCAUGGGAUUCCCUUUCAUCGCACUCAUCUCCCAACUGUAUGGCAAUUACUACAAGAAAUUGACCAAAGAUGUGCAGACAACCCUCGCGGAAGCCAAUCAGGUGGCAGAAGAAACCAUCUCGGCCAUGAGGACCGUGCGAAGCUUUGCCAAUGAGUGUGGGGAGGCGGAGAACUACUACGCCAAGCUGUUAGACAUGUUUCAGCUCAACAAAAAACAAGCCCUGGCCUAUGCUUGCUACAUGUGGUCCAGCUGUAUCUCAGAGCUUGCUUUAGAGGUUGCUGUUCUCUGUUAUGGAGGUCACCUUGUAGUAACCGGUCAGAUGAGUAGCAGUGCCUUAAUAUCUUUUUUCAUAUAUAUGCUUGACCUGGGAGAGUGUCUGGAGAGUAUUGCAUCAGUGUACUCAGGACUCAUGCAAGGAGUUGGAGCUGCUGAGAAGGUUUUUGAGUACUUGGACAGAACACCUAAACACCCUUCUGAUGGCACAGAGGUCCUGGACACAUACUCAGGCCUGGUUGAGUUCAAAGACAUCACAUUUGCGUACCCAACACGCCCUGAGACUGAAAUUCUUAAGGAAGUGUCGUUCACCCUCCAGCCCGGGGAGGUGACAGCCAUCGUGGGACCUUCAGGCAGUGGAAAAAGCUCCUGUGCAAAUCUGCUGGAGAACUUCUACCUUCCUCAACAAGGCCAAGUGCUGCUGGAUGGAAAGCCUGUUCACAUUUUCCAGCAUGACUAUCUCCACUCUCAGGUAGCUCUGAUUGGCCAGGAGCCUGUGCUGUUUGCCCGUACAGUGAAGGAGAACAUCACCUAUGGCCUGAUGGACAUGACGAUGGAAGCUGUCGUGGAGGCUGCAAUCAAAGCUAAUGCUCAUGACUUCAUCACCUCCUUCCCUGAAGGCUAUGAGACAGUUGUCGGAGAGAAAGGGACCCACCUGUCAGGAGGGCAGAAGCAAAGGGUGGCCAUCGCAAGAGCGCUCAUUCGUAACCCUCGUGUUCUCAUACUUGAUGAGGCAACCAGCGCCCUGGAUGCAGAAAGCGAGCACAUUGUCCUGGAGAACCUGAACAGAUCGAUGCAGGAGUGCACAGUCCUGGUGAUUGCUCAUCGGCUCAGUACAUUGGAAAAAGCAGACAAUAUAAUUGUGAUCGACAAAGGCCACGUGGCUGAGCAGGGAUCUCACAAUCAGCUGAUGGCGAGCAGGGGGCUUUAUCACAAGCUGGUGCAGAGGCAGAUCCUGGGAAUUGACACGAGUUUGGAGGUCCAAGGCGCUUCUGAAAAACAUUGCAGGGAGUCUGAUAGCACGAGGCGCAAGAGACGACAAAGCAGCAGUGCGAGUGAGUCUGAGCUCAAUAUGCGCUACUGAGACGCAGGAUGCUGGAAUCAGAUUGAGAUUCUCAGUGUUCUUCAGUGUCGACAGCAGAUUUGGAUGUUAUAGGAUUGAGAUUAAAUACACUGUAGAAAAAAUGUAUGAAGAUAUCUUAGUGCAUUAAAAUCUUACCCAAUUUCAUGCAAAUCAUUGGAAAAGUCCUUAAAAGCAUGAAGACCUGAGACUACUUAAUACACUAGAUGUACAAAAACCAAAAAGGUGUCCUCUGAAGACGCCCCUAACGUAGCUGCAGUGUGCUCACACUUUGAUUCUCGAUCAAACGUUUGAAUGUUUGCUUUAUUUGAAUAGCUUUAUAUCCCUUUCUAGGUGUUGUGGGUUUGUGUUUCUGUGUUUGCAUUCUUCAUUUAAUACCUCAUCAAACUCCAGAAAUGACAAAUUGUCGUUCACAUUUUUUGCUUUUAUAUUGAUUUUACAGAAUCAUGUUUGGUUUUCUGUAGGCUGUUUAUUGCACUGUAUCUCAUGGUUUUAAGUUAUUAAGAUAUUUGCCUUUGUCUGUUAAACUGAACACACUUUAAAAAUCUAGUGAAGAUACAUCAAAGCUAAACCACUACAGAUAAGUACUGUAACUUUUAUAAAUCACUGGUAAUGAAAAACAUGUAACAAACUCUGUGGAAGUAUUCUCUCUGUUGGCCUUUAAAGAUUAAACAUACGGUGGCCCUGAAGUGCAAAUCAUAACUGCAUAUCAGAAAACACUACAGCAAAUCAGAUAACGCAACGGCAAUUAAAAAAACACAACGGCAAAUUAAAAAGCAACGGCAUUAACCAAACUGGAAGAAGAAGGUACCCUCCAGGGACAUGACUCGUCACUGAUUGGACUGAGUGUACCUACUUCUUCUGGUGCCGUUGUGAUUUCUGAUUUGCCGUUGUGUUUUCUGUUUUGCCGUUGUGUUUUCUCAUUUGCCUUCGUGUUUUUUGAUUUGCCGUUAUGUUUUCUGUUUUGCCGUUGUGUUUUCUCAUUUGCCUUCGUGUUUUUUGAUUUGCCGUUGUGUUUUCUAAAUGUGCCUCUGUGUUUUCUGAUUUGCUGUUGUGAUUUGCACUUCAGGGCCACCGUACAAACAUGUUGGAUUACAUCCAAAUGCUGCAAAUGUUGUCCUUUUUAUUUUAGUCAAUGCAGAUGCAUGGUCCAUAAUGUUAAUUUUCUUGUCUUGUUUUUUAAUCCUGAUUACUUCCUUUUAUGGUUGACUUCAUUUCCGGUUUUGGGUUCAUGGGUGUGGUGUACCUUUUAUCUACCUGUUCAGUUGUGUGGCGGGAGGCAUACAAAGGGAGUGAGUUGGUUUGAAUAUUUAUUCCUGAUUGUCAUCGUCAUUACUAUCGUUUAUUUAGAUCUUUUUUGGUAUUGAAUUAUUUUGAGUCUUUUGUUAAUAAAUAGAAAAACCUUUCAUUGA